UUGCCAGCUCAUCUGAGGAAUAUAUCAGGAGUGAGCGUAGAUGUGUUUAAGAAUAAGCUCGACAAAUAUCUAAACUGCAUCCCAGACCAUCCAAGAUUGGAAGAUGCAAAAUAUACCGGAAGAUGUACUAGCAACUCUCUGGUAGACAUUAGAGGUGCCUCACACUGAGGGACCUGGGGCAACCCGAACAAGAUGUAAGGUCUGUAAGGAAGAAAUGACAGUCACCUACAGUCAACAAAUUUCUACUACUAGUUUCUGCCUUUUUUCAAGAUUACUAUUGAGCAGGUGGCGGGGCAGCGUCUUCAAGCUGAUCUGGAGGGACCUGAUUUUCUUCCUCGCUCUGUACGCGUCCUGCUCUGCUGUCUACAGGUUCGCCCUGACGGAUCCUCAGAAGAGAAUCUUUGAAAAGCUCGCCAUCGUGUGCGAAUCCUACAGGAAUGCUGCACCUAUAUCCUUCAUCCUAGGAUUCUACGUUUCCAUCGUAGUAUCUCGUUGGUGGGAACAAUACAUGCUGAUCCCAUGGCCUGACGAUGUGUGCCUUUUGACUUCGUCCUAUAUCCAGGGAAAGGAUGCCCGUUGUAUAUCAUUACGUCGUGGUGUUGCCAGGUACAUCAACCUGGCUUUCGUACUUUCAGUUGCCAGAAUUUCCCCUCGAGUAGCAAAAGUUUACCCCAAUUAUGAUCAUCUUGUCAAAGCAGAAUAUCUCACUGCCAAGGAGAAGAGCAUCAUGGACAUGGUGGAUGAGGUUAACAACCACCAUCAAGUCUGGGACCCUUUGCCACUCUUGUGGGCGAGUCUCGUCGUAACAAAAGCUCGGAAGGAAGGCUACAUCCAUGAUGACCACAGCCAAGAAGCCCUUAUCCAUGAAAUUACCAACCUUCGGUAUUCAUGUAGCAAGCUCCAAGAAUACAGCCAUAUAAGCAUUCCUCUUGUUUACACCCAGGUAACAACGAUGGCUACUUACACCUAUGUUUUGUGUUCGGUUGUAGGACGUCAAUUUCUCGACCCGGAGCAAGGGUACAAGGACCACCUUAUAGAUUUGUAUGUACCUGUAUUUACGAUUCUACAGUUUAUCUUCUACAUGGGAUGGUUGAAAGUUGCCGAGUCGCUCCUCAAUCCUUUCGGGGACGACGACGAUGAUUUUGACAUUAACGAGCUCCUCGAGAGACAUUUAGAGGUGUCUUAUCUAAUGGUAGAUGGCAUGCACAGGAAAGAACCGCACCUUCUUCAAGACUUCGAAGAGAAGACUGGACCUCAUUAUGCGCGACAGCAGCAGCAGCACAACAACAUAGCGCCUACCCAGCAGAACUCUGAGUUCUUGUACUCCUGUGCAAAUCCUUCAGAAUCUUGCCUGCCAAGGGAAGAUGAAACUACCAUGUUGGAGCAACCAGCCUCUAGCAAAAGUAUCGCAACCAAAAUAGUUGUUAUUGAUACUCAUGACGUCCCAGUUACCAAAAGUAGUCAAGAAUCCUUUUGUUCUACUGCCACAGCUAUUCCCAAUCUCAAUAAACUACAGAGAUCUAGAAGUUUAACUUCGACGAGUCUGUCAAGCAGUGAAUGCAGCUAUAAUUCUUGUUAUUCACUAAUAAAGCAAAUUUCACGCAACAACAGCAAAAAUGAGCCGCGCCUGUCUUCAACGCAACGCAGAAGGAGGACCUUGGCGACGAGAUCUGCUUCCUUUGAAACGCUUGAAACAAACUUUGCUGGACUGUCAGAGACCCCAGAACUACUGCUAGCAGAGGACACAGCUUCAAUAUAAGGUCGAGAGGGCUCUCUCCAGGAUCUACAGCAUUUGG